AAAAUGAAAAAAAGGAAUACAGACGUGAUUGGUUGGAGUGAUACAACACAACGUUUAACACUCCCUCCGUUUAACAAAAAUCGGUUUCAGAUUCACAUUAAUUAUUCUUUCCAAACGCUCCUUUGACUUCCCCAAACCCCAAUUCCCAAUCCAAAUCCAUUUACGUCUUUACAAUAUAAUUCAGAUGCCAACGAUUUGAAAUUAGGGUUUGCUUUAUUUGAAUCCAACUCGAAAUGGCGGUCUCCGGUAGUCCUGUUGGUGGUUCCACACCUCCACCGCCGCCGCCGCCACCACAAGAACAAGCUAACAAGCUUGGAUUCACAAAACCUAUCUCUCUUGCUGGUCCCACGACUGCUGAUCUUCAUCGUAACGCCGAAUUGGAGAAGUUUUUGGUUGAUUCGGGUCUUUACGAGAGCAAUGAAGAAUCUGCUAGCAGACAAGAGGUUCUUCGCCGUUUAGAUCAGAUUGUUAAAAGCUGGGUGAAGCUGUUGACCCGCCAACGAGGCUACACAGAUCAGAUGGUUGAGGAUGCAAAUGCGGUCAUUUUCACUUUUGGCUCUUACCGAUUAGGGGUUCAUGGACCUGGAGUGGACAUAGACACUUUGUGCAUUGGUCCUUCUUAUGUAAAUCGAGAGGACUUCUUCAUCAUUUUGCAUAACAUCCUGGCUGAAAUGGAAGAAGUUACUGAACUUCAACCGGUUCCUGAUGCACAUGUCCCAGUUAUGAAAUUCAAGUUCCAGGGAAUUUCUAUAGAUUUGCUGUAUGCAAGUAUAUCUAUUUUGGUUGUGCCAGAAGAGCUGGAUAUCUCAGACGGUUCCAUUUUGCAUGAUGUUGAUGAACAAACUGUUCGAAGUCUUAAUGGCUGCCGUGUGGCGGAUCAAAUUCUUAAACUUGUUCCAAAUGUCGAGCACUUCCGAACUACCCUGCGUUGCUUAAAGUUUUGGGCUAAAAGACGCGGUGUUUAUUCAAAUGUUACUGGAUUCCUUGGAGGUGUAAAUUGGGCUAUUUUAGUUGCUAGAGUUUGCCAGUUUUACCCUAAUGCAAUCCCUAGUAUGUUGGUUUCUAGAUUCUUCAGGGUCUAUUCACAGUGGCGGUGGCCAAACCCUGUAAUGUUGUGCUCUAUAGAAGAGAAUGAACCAUAUCUCCCUAUAUGGGAUCCUCGCAGAAACCCUAGGGACCGGUUUCACCUUAUGCCAAUAAUUACUCCUGCAUACCCUUGCAUGAAUUCCAGCUACAAUGUCUCGACAAGCACUCUACGUGUUAUGAUGGAACAGUUCCAACAUGGCAACAAGAUUUGUGACGAAAUUGAGCUUAACAAAUCACAGUGGAGUGCACUUUUUAAGCCAUAUGUCUUUUUUGAGGCAUACAAAAACUAUUUACAAGUAGACAUAGUUGCGUUAGAUGCUGAUGAUUUACUUUUAUGGAGGGGUUGGGUAGAAUCCCGACUGAGACAGCUAACCUUGAAGAUAGAGCGAGACACACAUGGGAUGCUGCAGUGUCAUCCUUAUCCACACGAGUAUGCAGAUGCGUCCAAGCCUUGUCCGCAUUCUGCAUUUUUCAUGGGCUUGCAAAGAAAAGAGGGAGUAAGAGGUCAAGAAGGUCAGCAAUUUGACAUACGUGGAACGGUUGACGAAUUCAGACAAGAAAUUAGUAUGUACGUAUACUGGAAGCCGGGGAUGGAAAUUUAUGUUUCUCAUGUUCGUCGAAAGCAGCUCCCUGCAUUUGUUUUUCCAGAUGGCUACAAACGUACUCGAAUGCCGAGGCAUAUGAGCCAUGCAGCCGAGAAAACGAGGGAAUGUACCACAAAGUGCUACUCUGGAUCUAGCUCUUCUGAAAGGUGCAUCAAGAGGAAGAAUAGCCAUGAAAUGGUGGAUGUGAAGCCAGAUAAACCAGAGAAGCGGACAUCUGUUAGCCCACAGAGGCUAGAAUGUGUUUCACCUGAAAGUUGUACUAGUAAAUUGGACGGUACACCUCAAAUAAGUAUUGAGUGUAUUGAAGGGGUUAGGCCAGAUGGCUCAACAACGAAGGACGCCGACAGAAAUUGUGAAAUCAAGUCAUCUCAUAGACUCUUAGGAAGUGAUACAAUUAUUGAAGUAGGUGACAUGCAGAUAAAUGAAACAUGUUUUGUUGACUCCACACAUGAUAGGCUGAAAUCAAGGGAUUUAGAAGUUCAGAAUGAGAAUGGAGUCAACGGGGACAAAGCUCUGGACCUGUCUUUUGUUUGCUUGGAAAGGGCAGAAACUACAUCUUCAAAAUGCUUGACAAACUGGGAAGAGAGUGCUGUUAAAAUGGAUCAACAACUAGACAAAGCUUGUAAUUUCACAAGGGCUGAAUGUUCAGAUUAUGCACCAAGUGCCAGCACCCAGAACCUCAAUUGCGAGGGUGAUGUUUGUGUGGCUGAUCCUGAUCAGUUCUGAAUAGAGUAUUUCAAAAUAUGCUGGCUGAAGAAGUUUAAGGUUUUGAAUUUUCUAAUCUCUUUCUGUUUUCUCCGUGUGGUAAAACUGAUCUAUAUUAUAACAAUACUAUUCUCACAAAAUUGUUUUAUCAACACUCACAAGAAUACUAUAUUUCAAGGGUUUUCAGAAUACAAAACUGAUUUGAUUAUUUCCCCCCUUUGUUAUAGCUUGUUAUCACUUGGCAUAUAGAUUAUAUUAAAUCAGAAUAUGGUCUGUCCCUUUUCUCUUCCUAUCUUGUUGGGUCUUACUAUGUUCAGCUGUUCUUACUUGGUAUAUUUCCCCCUUUUGCUUCAAGAUAAUUUGGCUAUCAAUUUCGUGGCAAUUGAAUUUCAUAAUCAAUCUUCUGACCGGUGAAUAUGUGGUCGCAGGUCUUGCACCACUAUACGUGCUAUGUUUCCAGUAACUGUGCUUAACAACCUGACUUGUUUUGUGUAUAGAGAGGCUCAGAGACCAGACCUUCCUUUUGUUUCAUUUUAAAAUUUAUUUGAUUGCUUUGUUGGAUUCCUAACAUUGUUCUUUCUAUUUUCCAUCUUGUGUAUAGACUGAUGUCAGACUCAGGAGUGUAUAAAUUAAAGAUGGAGCUAGGUCAGAUUUUUUGCACAAGCUUGUGAAAGGGAUAUUUUUCGACUUUUUUGAAGUGUAAAUACUGUUUCUCUUUGGUUUUGGCUUUGUAGGAGGGUAGGAGGAUAAGUUUGGGAUGCAUCACAUGGAGGUGAUUAAUAGAAAUUGCUGCAAAACUUUAUGCUAUAUCAAGGGCUGUUGCUGUACUGAGAUCGUAAGAACAUAUGGAGAGACUUUGGCUGGACAUUGAGAAUGGAAGCUAAUCGGAUUAAGGUUUUGGCGAGUGUUGCAUGUACAUGGAUGAACAGCAUGACGGAGAUGCUUGGAGAUGCGGCCACAUCCUGUUGUGUAUAAAACAUGAGCUCAUUUCAUCGUUAGAGCUGUGAAUCAUCUCAUAAAACUUGACAUAUUUGCAUGCCUGAGGAAUGGGAACUUUGUUGUUUGCUUGUGAUGUGGAUGAGAUCCAUACAUCUUGUAAUGUAAAUGUAAUCAAACAGUCUUUAUGGCUAAGUGGUUUAGAAGAGAAAAUGUUAAAAGAGAUAUUUCUGUUGGCAUUCAA